AUGAUGUGCCUUUUUUGCCUGGACCUUCUGCCCGGCUACUUCCGGCGACCCUUCCUCGGAAGCGACACUGAGUACAAGUAUGGGCCAUGGGCCUUGUUGACAGGAGUGGUUGUCUCAACGUUGACGCUGUUCUUCUGGCGACCGAAGCAGGCGAUGUUUUUGGAUCGGGUUUGCAUCAACCAGGUGGAUCAAGCAAUGAAGGCCGAGGGCGUCCUGAACAUGGGCGCCAUCUUAAAGCAUUCGGACUCUAUGCUUGUCCUAUGGGACACGACGUUCGCUUCGAGGCUUUGGUGCUUGUUCGAGAUGGCUGCGUUUCUGAAGAGUCAUGAGGAUGGCUUGGAGCAUCUCCGCAUCAAGCCGACCUACCUGGCACCAUGCACAUUUGUUAUCGCAUUCUGUGUCGUGCUGAUGAUGCUCUUCGAGCUUACCGUUCCCUUCGUUAGCAUCUACGUCGUAGUCACAAAGCUCUCUCUCCUGGCCCUCUCCUGCAUCACCGCG